AAAAAGUGAGCUCCUCGGACGCACGACAACACACCAAGUGAAGUGGAAAGCGGCUCCUGUUCUGCUCCUCAUCCCGUACAAGGCGGUCCGGCUCCAGGCUGCUGCAGGACUGAACCAAGGGGACGAAGACACGGUGAAGAAGACAAGUCUCGAUUUUUGACUUGUGCGUUAAGUUUGACUUAACGUUCGCUUUUGUAGUAUUUUUUUUUCUCUGUAUGCCACCUAAUAAGUAGCCAACUUUAACGUGUUUAAGGCGGAGAGCAGCAAUUGUUUUGUGUCCAAACUCGAAUACGAAGUUUAACUAAUGACGGCAGAGAUCCAGCAGCCCCCAGCACAGACUCCUGCCCAGAGCAGCCCCAUGUCUGCUCCGGAGAAGCCGCACGGACAGACGGCGGUGAUGGAAACCGCCUCCUCCACCACGAAAACCAAAAAGACAAACGCAGGGAUCCGUCGACCAGAAAAACCUCCGUAUUCAUACAUCGCUCUGAUAGUCAUGGCGAUUCAGAGCUCUCCAACGAAGCGGCUGACGCUCAGUGAAAUAUACCAGUUCCUGCAGAGCCGCUUCCCGUUCUUCAGGGGCUCGUACCAGGGAUGGAAGAACUCCGUGCGUCACAACUUGUCCCUGAACGAGUGCUUCAUAAAGCUGCCUAAGGGCCUCGGCCGGCCAGGGAAGGGCCACUACUGGACUAUCGACCCGGCAAGUGAGUUUAUGUUCGAGGAGGGCUCCUUCAGAAGGAGACCCAGGGGUUUUAGGCGCAAGUGCCAGGCGCUGAAGCCAAUGUACAGCAUGAUGAACGGCCUGGGAUUCAACCACAUCCCCGAGUCCUACAACUUCCAGGGAGGCGGCGGGGGCCUGUCCUGUCCGCCCAACACCCUGUCUCUGGACACUGGGAUCGGGAUGAUGAAUGGACACUUGGCAGGUAACAUGGAGGGGAUGGGUCUGUCCGGGCACUCCAUGUCACACUUGUCGACGAACAGUGGACAUUCCUACAUGGGAAGUUGUACGGGAUCCACCGGGAAUGACUAUUCCCACCACGACAAUUCCGGUUCCCCUCUGCUCACCAGCGGGGGAGUCAUGGAGCCUCACCCCGUCUACUCGAGCUCGGCCUCGGCGUGGGCUCCGGCCCCCACGGCCUCUCUGAAUAACGGGGCUUCUUACAUCAAGCAGCAGCCUCUGUCUCCCUGUAAUCCAGGAGCGAACUCGCUGCAGCCGAGCCUGCCCACCCAUUCCCUAGAGCAGCCAUACCUGCACCAGAACGGGCACAGCACCACAGAUUUACAAGGUAUUCCUCGGUACCAUUCCCAGUCUCCCAGCAUGUGUGACCGAAAGGAGUUCGUCUUCUCCUUCAACGCCAUGGCGUCCUCGGCGAUGCACUCCCCGAGCAGCGGCUCCUACUACCACCACCAGCAGGUCUCCUACCAGGACAUCAAGCCGUGCGUCAUGUGAUGGGACACUGACAUGUCUGCGGACUCGAGCCAUGCAGCCGAGUGAACAAACGAGCAAAACAAAAAAACACAAAAAAAGAAAAACCACUGAGAGACGCACAGAGGCAUGGCGCCGCUGGGCCUGGAGAGUGCUCACUGCGUCGAGUCGACCGGACUACUCCUCAGCGCUGUUUUACGCAGCGUAAAAGACACGGGGACAGGCCAAUCACAAAACAAACCACAUAAUAAUAAUAUAUAAUAAUACAUAAAGAAAAACGUCAUUUCAUCAACACCAUCGACCAGCGGGGUGAAGACUAUAGGCGCGUGACACCCUGCUGCUGUUUGGUACCUAGUCCUGCAGAGCGGAUGACUACAGCCACCACUUUACACUUCUUCUCUCCAUGUUUAUUCUUCUUGUUAAAAUAGGCCAAUGUAAAGAAAAAAAAAAAAGAAAAAAAAAGCACACUACAUUUCUCUGUCUGAAGUUUUUACUUUUAUUCUCUUUGACAAAUUAGACUGAGGCUCUUUGAAUUCUCUUGCUCUUGAAUUUGAACUUUUAUGGACAUUACGCAUAUACUGUAGGUCCAUAUAUACUGUGUAAAAAUGAUGAAGGCACUUUUUGAAUAGCCUAUAAGCGCGACUUUUUUUUUAUUUAUUCUGUAGGCCUACGUAUUUUUAAUUUCAGGCGUAUUGGCCAAGGAGGUAUAUGGUUUAUUGGCAAUAUUUGUCAGAACGCUUAUUUGUUUUGAAAAAUGAAAAUUGAGGAUAUAUUGUAAGCACUGUUCUGUUGUUUUUGUGUUAGAUACAUGUAGAUCCAUUACUUUCGGCACUGUAUAUAUUAGUAUAUAUUGUUAGGAAAAUUAGCGAGGGUCCAUCAGUGAGGGCUGGUUUUUAGGGCUAUAUAUAUUACAACAAAUGAUUUGUAAGAAAUAAAAUAUAUCUGUUGGGCUGUUUGAGCCUGCAUCCACACAAAAA